CCCGCCUCAGCGCCGAGGCCAAGUUCAUAGCAUGCCGGGAACUGUAGUUCUCGGCGCCUGAGAGCGCGGCGCAGUGAUGAUAGGGGUCCGGGGUUGGUCUGACAGCAGCAGCUCCGCGGGGCGCCGAUUCCCGCGGCCCCGCCCGGUGCCCCACACCGCACCUCCGGGACGCAGCUUCCCUUUCGCUCCGACCCUCUCGCCCCGCAAGGGCCGGCCGCGUAGGAAGGGGCGGGCCUCUGCGUGGUGCGGCCAAUCGGGACCGAGCCUGCAGGCCGAGGCGUGGCGGCCCCGGCGCGACGCCCCGAGUGGCGGUUGUUUCAAGAUGGCGGACGUGGCGGGCCCCUCCCGCCCCGGUGCCGCGGCGUUCUGGAGCCGGGACUUUUCUGAUGAAGAACAAUCAGUAGUGUACGUUCCAGGCAUUUCUACUGAAGGAAAUGUCAGAUCAAGACACAAGCUGACAAGUCCAAAAGCUGAUGUUAAACUUAAGACUUCCAGGGCGACUGAUGCUUCAAUCUCUAUGGAGUCCUUAAAAGGCACAGGAGAUUCAGUAGAUGAACAGAAUUCCUGCAGGGGAGAAAUAAAGAGUGCAUCACUGAAGGAUUUAUGUCUUGAAGACAAAAGACGCAUUGCAAACUUAAUUAAAGAAUUGGCCAGAGUAAGUGAGGAAAAGGAAGUGACGGAGGAAAGACUGAAAGCUGAGCAGGAGUCAUUUGAGAAGAAGAUCAGGCAGUUGGAAGAACAGAAUGAACUGAUCAUCAAAGAAAGGGAAGCUCUUCAGCUACAGUAUAGAGAAUGCCAAGAACUUCUAAGCCUGUAUCAGAAAUAUUUAUCAGAACAACAAGAGAAGCUCACCAUGUCUCUCUCAGAACUUGGUGCUGCUAGAAUGCAGGAACAGCAGUUUAUUAAAGUCAAACUGCGAUGGCUGGCUGCUUGGAACAUCAUCAUCCAUUAAAAAGUACCAAGACACCCCAAACAGUGGAGAGAAUAGGAAGGAGAAGAAGACAGUUGGGUUUCAUUUGCAUAUGAAAGAUGAUGCCCAGUGGUCAUCUCAAAAGAAAGAUACACAUAGACCCCAAAGAGGUACAAUGACAGGAGUUAGAAAAGAUGCAUCCACAUCUCCUAUGGCAACAGGAAGCCUAAAGGAUUUUGUCACCACAGCCUCACCAUCAUUACAGCACACCACCUCCCGGUAUGAGACAUCUUUGUUGGAUUUGGUUCAGUCUCUGAGCCCAAACUCUGCUCCCAAACCUCAGCGCUGUCCCUCCAGAGAAGCUGGGGCCUGGAAUCAUGGUACUUUCCGACUCAGUCUUCCAAAAUCGACCUGGAAGAAGAUGGGGAUGCACAGAACCCCUGACGAGCUGGAGGAGAAUCAGAUUCUGGAAGAUAUAUUUUUCAUUUGACAUAUUGCAAAAUUUUCCUAGGAAAUUUGUGGGUUUCCCCACAUGCCGAUCUAACAUUUUAAAUUAUUUCAUUGCAAAGUAAUUGUGUCUCUCCUUUCACAGGGACCUGUCUCACUAGCAUCCUGUUAUGUAUUGAAUACAGAAAUCAUUCUAACAACCCAGGGUGUUUUCAAUCAGACCAGGCAUUCGAUAACACACUAAGCGGGUUUGGUGCUUGGAAUGCUGAUGUAGACCUGGAAACUAGCCCAGAUGAAAACAAGAAUGAUGAGGCCACAGUGUCCAUGAAAGUAGGGCAAGGCAGGGUGUCCAGUGGAGCCAGAGGGAGUGCCGAGAGGUAGGUCCUUGGAACACGGAGGAACCAGAAGGCCCAGGAGUAGGAAGCCAUGUUGGUGUUUGUAAGAAAGUAGAAGAGGUGGUUGGCCAGAGGACAGGCCCUGUUCGAGAUCUAACCAGGACAUCAGAGCUGGCCUCUCCCUCCCUUCUUCCUUGCAGGCCAAAGCCGAGCAGCCUUAACUGACACCUCCUUGGCACCAGCACACAAACAAUGGCCCAUAGCCUGACUUCUGCCAGGAUGCCCUAGGUCCGUGCCCUUCACCUGUUCUGCACCUAUAAGAUUGGUGUUUGCCCUCCUUGAUUCUUCCAGGUGCUGCCCCACCCUGUUCUUCUCCCCAUUCUUUAAGUGCUGAGAUUGGCCAGUCCCGUGCUGAGAGGAGAGAGCCGGAGGAAGGGAGACUGAUUCUUACUCCUCACUGCUGUCCAUUGGGAUGGGAUGAACUUCACAGCUCCAGUUUCCUGUGUUCUCUCAGCUGCAGGAACCCAGAAGAAUGAAUUUGCAAUGGGGACUUUCAGAGAGACACACCAGUCCAGAGAGAUUCUUCCUAGAGUGGCACAGGACCUCCUUUUACUGUUCCCAUCACCUCCCAGAAAGAGCUUCACAUGCUGAAACUCAGAACGGGGGCCUGUGUUGCAGAUUCCAUAAAGAAGACCAAAGGUACUUCCAGUGGGCAAGCCUUGGGGCUGUGAGGCACAGCUGGCCAGAGUCCAAGAGGCACAGACCAAUGAAGAAAUCUUUUUUUUUAAACUGUGCUUUAUUUAGGGCUAAGCUGGAGAAAGCGUCAUCCAAUAGUUACAGAAGGUUACAAGGAGUUUUAGGGAGUUGAGUGUGAAAAGAGCAGUUGUACUGAACUGCAGCUGUUUUUUUUUUUUUUUUCUUUUUUUUUUUUGUUUUUUUUUACAUCUGGACAUCCUAAAAGGAGGAGUCAAGAGAAAAAAGAAAAUGAAAAACAACAACGACAACAAAAUUGACAGAAAGAAAGGAAAGGCAGGAGGCCCUAGAGGAACUGGAAAUUUGUUCUUCUGAAGGGAAACAAUGGUAGGUCUGAGAACCCCCGGCCUCCAGAUGACCUGGACAUCAAUGAGAAGGAAUCGAGGCAGAAUGCCAAAGCAAUCUUCCCAAGGGUGCAAAUAAAUUAUAAUAAAUAUGUUAUACUUUAAAAUAUAUGUGUUCUUAAAUAAUUCAGUGUUUUUUCUGAUUCUGAGUUUUUUAAGCAAUGUCUUUAACUGCUCUAAAGUCAUUUACCAAAGAUAAAUAUCGUGCUUUCAUUAAAUAGUUUUCCUUGUUUUUUUCUCUAUCAUUACAAUUAAAAGUCCUACAAAAUAUGCAAAUUUAUUUACAGAAAAACAGAGCCGGCAUCAUUUAAACAUCCCUGUUUUUCAAAAUUCCUUGUAAACAGUUUCAGAAAUUCUUCAAAGAUUGUUUAUUUUUCUCUCUCUUUUUUAAGGUUUUGUGUGUGUGUGUGUUGUCUAGUCGUUUUAAGAUGAAAGUUCCCAGUUCUCCCUUGCCCGGAAAGUCUCUGGAGCAAGCGUGGAAGGCGAGUGAAGCGGAAGGUGAGUGAAGCGCGCGCAGCUCCCGGAGGGAAGCAAGAGGCGAGGACGGCGGCGGCGGCGACGACCGGGCGACGCGACCGUUCCCGGCCGAUGGCGUGGCCUCCACCGGCGACAGGCAGCCAGGCGCCCGCAGAGAAGCAUAAAAAAACGCUGAACAAGAAAAACCAAACAACAGAAAGUAAAACCACUGCAAGCACCAAGAACGAAACAAAAAUGAGCACAGCAAAAAAGAUUGUGGCAGCACAAAAGUCAAGAAAAUGCACGUGUGAUCAUGACUGGCCAAUCAUCAACUGAUACAACAUCCAAGAAAAACGCUCCAAUCACAGCACCUCCACGAAACUUGACGGCAAUUGUCAUGCAACCGAUUCUUAGCCUUGUUACAUGACGCCAUCAUGUCACACUGUGAACUUUGAGUUGAUUUGAACUUACGGAUGGGGGACUUUUCUCCACUCUCAUGUGAUUACGUGAACUUUAUUCCUAGCUCAGCGCGAGACUGUGGUGGAUUUGACUGGCCCUGGUUGGGUUGUUGGAAUUUGAUUGAAUGACAAAAGAAGAAAAGA